CAGCAGCUAGUGUAGUAUAAUGAUUUAAUUGUAAUAGUAAAUAAUAAUAAAGAACAUGUAACGUCUGUGGUACAAUAAAUUGCAGAAUUUGCUUAGUUGUGAUAUUAGGCUGUUUUGGCUUAAUUAGUAGAAUCCCACUAGAAUCGAGAAAAUGAAACCUAAAGGCAGUAUUUACAGCUUUCCUUUAAAACAAAGGCAGUGAGUGAGAUAAUAUUUAUUUGGGGCUGAAUACAAACCGCGUGCCAGAAAAGUAAGUGUAGCUGGGGGCAUAUUUCUCAACUACGGAGAACCAAAUGUUAUAGCGCUGAACUUCAUAAUCGUAGUGGAGAUAUUAUUUUUUUUUUAUUUUGUUCAGAGUAAAAAGAAUUCGGCGGUCAUAGCCCACAUAGGUAUAGAUCAGGAAUAUGUGAAUGGGCCUUCUUUGGUAUUAAGUGUACUAUAGGUUUUUCACAAUGUCAACCCAAUGUAUAUUCAAAAGAAGUAUUUGGGAAUUAAAAAGAACAUUUCUGCACCAAAGCAAGCCUUUAAAAAGUAAGAAAAUAGCUUUCACACUCGCGUGAGCUUUUUACGAAGGGGUGGGUGCAGAGGUUAAGGGGCACUAUCCCAUUUAUGCACUAUGCUGACUGUUACAUUAUGUGACUUGCAUAUUAACUUGUAUAACAAAAAUAAAAUAAAGUACCAUCUGUUUUGGGAUUUAUGUUUGGAAUAGGAGUGAAGUGAAAGGAGGUGGGUGUAACAGGAGAGGUAGCAUGCUAAAAAGUUGUAGCAUCAGCAAAUAACUGAACUCUUUUUAGGCCAUUCUCGGUGGUUGUGUUCUUCUCUCUGGGGAAAGUAGUCCUAAAUCAAGCAGAGGGAGCAAACUGGAUUCCUCACGAGUUGUAAGGAAUUAAAAGUCCUAAUGAGCAAGGAAAUCUGCAUUCACUCUUGGCCAGGGUCUUACUAUUUGAAUGCAGAGAGAAGAUGGGUUUAUGGCCACCUGGAACUGUGUCCAUCAUCUUUAUUAUUCCUUGUGGAGAAAACUGGAGACAUGCUACUUUGUCUUCAACUUUCAGACAUUGUGGAGAUUAAGAAAGAAUCUUCCAGCUUCAUUUUCAGCUCUAUUACCAUUCUGGAGAAAGGGAAUGUGAAGCACUGGUUCAGUUCUUUGCAACCUAACAGGACUGUGGUCUUUAACACCAUUGAACAUUUCUGGAAAGAACAGUUAUUGUCACCUGGUGGAGUUGGAGCUGCUUCCCCAACAAGUAAGGGCAAGCAGUUAAUUAAUCUAGUAACAGGUUCCCAGAGACGACUAGAAGAUACAGCUAAGGUUCUACAUCAUCAAGGCGAGCAAUUUAAUAAUGUAAUGGAGGGAUUGGAUAAAAUCGAAUGUGACUUGGAUACUGCAGACAGACUGUUAACAGGACUGGAAUCUCCUUCUUGGUGGCCAUUUAGUAACAAACCUUGGAGAGUCCAACAAGAAUCAAAAAGGAGAGAUCUAGGGGCUUCUGCACCAAAGACUCCUGGAAAAGAUGGGGUAAUAGUUAGAGUUCCUGUGAUUUUCUUAGAAGGGGCAGAUUCUAGUCGGAAACCUGGGGACCUCACUGUGCUUGUCAGUGCCCUGGAAAUCAGGGACAGUAACUCACGCAUUCUUCACCGCUACAGAAGGGAAGAUGUUGAUGAAAUCAAGGUGUAUUCCCCAUAUGAGAUCAACAUUAGACAGAGAUUUAUUGGAAAACCUGAUCUCUCCUAUAGACUGCUGUCUGCAAAGAUGCAAAAUGUGAUUUGUGUAUUGGAACUGCAGUAUAAAAAAAAUAUUGAAUUUCUUUGGGAUCCUUUGGAACUGAAAAAUAGUAGCGAGCUGGUGCCUUCAGAUGUCAGUUGCUCAUUAUGGCAUUCAGCUGCAGGUGUCCGGGCUAUGAACCAGCAAGCCCAUGAAGAUUGGCUGCAAAGGCUGCUUCAUCAGGCAGACAAGUCAGAACAUUUAGCAGAAGGAGACGGUCAAGUGCAGGUUCAGCAGCAGCAGACAGUAUCCGAUGCAGAAGCUCAAGAACUCAAACAGAUGCUAAUGAAAUUGAAGACCAUUGCUUUCGAAGCAGAGGCUGAGCUGGACAGGCAGAGUGAAGUCCUUGGAGUAAUUGCAGAUUCCACAGACAGGGCAACAGUGCAAAUCGAUAAACACAACAGAAGGAUAAAAAAAUUAAUGUAAUUUGUCUGUGAACAAUGUGUAGUAGUAAAAUACUGAAACAUCUCAUUAAAUACAGACCACACUUGUUGAGAAGUGAAUGGAUGUCUCACAGUAGUUUCUAAAUGACAGAAUAGUUAACACAGUAAUAUAACAUUUGCUUAGCCCAUCUUUAUGGCACAGAGGAUGCAGCCUGACUGUGAUCCAGAUGAAUGAGAUUCAUUUAGUGGCCUUAGAACUGGAGAAACCAGGCAAAGAGGGAGAGGAAGAAAGAUGCAUAGACUCCUCACCUCUGCUGUUGGGAAUGGGGAGGGUUGCUUAUACAUGGGUCACACCGGGUAAGGAUAAUUUCCCUGGUGGAGACCAGUUGAAACCACCUCCUGUGCUUCAGGGUUAGUGAGCAGGCUGCAAAAAGGAGAUCUCCCUUGUUGAAGUGAGGGGCACAUUCUUCAGUCAGUCCAUUCCAUGCCCCUUUCCCUCACAUUAGCCACAUUUGCUUGGAGAUGUUAAGACAAAAAAGAAAAAAAAAAUUAAUAACCCUUGGUGGCUGCCUUAGGGAUGCCCCUUGUGGUUGACCCUCCCCCUGGCAAAGGACAACUAAUGAUGGAGUCUGGGAGCGGGCUGUUGAUCGAUAUGCAGUGGAGCCAAAAGUGUAAUGCAUGGAAAUACGUACACGUCUGCCUUGUAUUUACAUUGGAAUAUGUACACAUCCUCUUUGUGUUUCCCCAGGUCCUCCAGUUUCCUCCCACAUUCCAAAGACAUGCAGUAGGUGGACUGAGCACUUUAAAUUGGCAUUAGGUGUGUAUAGAGGGUGUGGAAGAACAACUGUGGCAGGACUAGCCACACAGCUGUGUGAACAUUGGCCCUAGGUUAUGCUCACUGCUAAUAUGACACCCCAACACCAUAUGCAGUUUAUAUUGGUAGCCUUUUGUAUGGGAUUGCAUUGCAGCAGUAUAAUAAAACUUGCCCUUAACUUGCUGUUGUGUAAUCUCGGCAUUAGUAUAUUUCAUUAGCUCUAAAGUGCUCUCUCUUUGAAUGUUCACUGUUGUAUGCAUUUAGUAUUUCAUGAGACACUCCUAUACAGACAUACACACACAUAUAUAUAUAUAUAUAUAUAUAUAUAUAUAUAUAUAUAUAAAUUUAUAUGUGUGUAGGAUGCUGUUGUAUAAAGAACUUGAGAUGCAUUUUUCUGCUCAGAAUUUAACUUAAAACUAUGAAGUUGUUUCACUUAAAUCUUUCUAGUCCUGCUCUAACGUUAGUAUGCAUGUAUAAGCUGAAUCUUAAUGUGGAUUAAAAUACUUGUUAGCAAUGACUGUGGUCCCUUAGCAUCCUGUUUAAUUAUUGCUUAAUGAUGUUUUUGUAUUUAAAAAUGUGCAGUAGUACUCUAACAUCAACACAAAAGCAGUAUCUGUGAUGUUAAUGCACAUAGGUGACAAUGUAAUACUGUCCUUCACUCCAGUAGCAAUGACAAAAAAUGAUGUAAAACUGUAUGUGAUCUUAAGUUCUGUAAAAUAUAUUCAGAAAUAUUGUGUGACAUAUUUGUUUUAGCCUUUUAUAUGUAAAUGUUUUCUGGUAAUUUUUUUUAGUUUUAGUUGUGACACCCACAAUAUGUCAUUUUCUCUGUCUUCGCAUUAUCCGGUUUGGUUGUGCAGUCCAGCAGAUGAGUAGGCUGCUGUCUCUGCCUUUUUUAGCUCUUCCAUAAUCAGUAACAAGAUACUGGCCAGGAUUUGCUGGUUGAUUAUUAUAUGAAGGAGUAACAAAGCCGUUUGUUCCACCAGCUCCCUGAAGAAGCAGCAGGUUUUAUCGACAUUGCUGUAUUUUCAUUUCCAGGACAUUUUCAGAAUAAAAUACAUUUCUGAGUGGUAGAGGAGAAGACCAAUUAUUUCAUUUAAAGAAGUGUUCUGUUGUUUUCUGGCACAUCUUUUUAAAACAGAUGUGAUUUUUCUGAACAUAUUUGGCCCUUCACUUGGACAGAAAUAAGCAUGAGCCAUUUCUUGUCCACUAAUUUAUUAUUUCUUUAUGAAUUCAAGGUUCAACAACAGAGUUUAAUGCAUUUAUCCCUGACCCUAUUCAAGUGAAGCCUUGACCAUUGGAUAGGGAAUCACAAAAUUCACCCCCGUGUCUCUGAUGGACAGAACACAUCGGUAAGUAAAACAUUCUGCAAUUAAUAUCUUCCCGACCAAACCCUUAGCCACCUCGUUACUAAUACAACCCCUCCUAAUACUAACCCAAAGUACUCUGAGUCAAAAUUGGGUUGGGGUGCAAAGCUAGGCUUAAAAGACCUUAGUAGUUUUUAGCCUAGUAAGAACCUAUGAACCUAUAACUACAUUUUCAUACCUGUUUGUUCCUGGUGCACAUUGUUUGGAAAACUGGCUCUCUAUGUGUUAUGAUACAUACUUGCUAACAGUGGUAGUAUAUCUUAAGUUCAUUUCGUUUUUUUUAAGUAUGUUUAUUACCAAUGUCUAUCCACUCUGUUCUCCCACUGUCAGUGAGAGAAAGCAUUACUUUCAAUAACAGAAAAGGAUUGAGAGUUUUUUGUAUAUGCCCUAAGCCAUUACCCUUCUUGUCCGCAUGUCUUACCUGGAUGAGAUUUCAAUUUGGUGAUUUUAACUCAUCAGUGUUUAACUUCAUAUCCUGUCUGCCUGCUGGCACCAGUUCUUUGUGGGGUUUUCUCCUUCUUUUCUACACAGUUGUUUGACCUUGUAUUCAGUGUAUUUAAGAAAGGGGUAUGUGGAAUGAAAUUCCCAACAUGGGGUGGUUCUGGGAGCAUAUACCUCCUUGUAAAAAAAUGCUUUUAAUACCUGUAUCAAUGGCUAUAACUUUGACUUUUUUUUAUCAAAUUCUAGGAGGGAUAAAGUCCCCUAAUCUUCCCUUUCUUUUUUAACCUAAGUGCCCAAACAAAGUGUGCUCUACUAGCUAAAUAAGCCCUUUCCAGCUGGAUUGCUGAUUGCUUGUAGUUUUCCAACUAUUCUUUGAGUGAAUGACAUCAGUGUUCUGUAAAGAUUCAUUCUAACAGUGCAGCCACCUUGACUGAGCUCGUCUGACUGGUUUCCUGUGGUGCCGUAUGUGAAACAGCAGUGUAGUCUACAGUAUAUACGGUUUCAAAUUAUAAUAAGCUCGACUCUGUUUCUAAAGCUAGAGGCAGUUUUGUCGCACCGUAGUAUAAGAGAUGCUUGCUGGGACAUUCAUACAAGUUGGUAUUCUGUGAAACCAAGUAUUACAAAAAACAUGUCCAGUGAGAUAGUACAGUGUUGUGAGCUACUGCAACAGCAGGUGACUUAAGUUGCUCCAUAUUCAGAGCAGACUGCCUUUCUCAUAUCUUAUCUUUACAUGCCUAAAUGCUUUAUUUGGAUAAUCCUGGUACCAUGUUUGGGAGAGAAUCCAUUGUGCUGAAUGAGGUGACCACUGUUUUGCAUAUGUGUGGCCACUGCAGCAUUGUGGUCACCAUCCUGUUGUUUGGAGCAUGUCCUUCUUGCAGGAGAAUAGUAUGUAGGAGCGAGUUAUGUGAAUGAUUAAAUAAAACCUUUUAUCCUUGUUUUCCUUAUGUUUGAUCACCACUACUGAUGGAUUAGAUUUUGUUUCUGGGAAAAGUCCUGAUGGCCGGUAGUAGAGCGGUAUGGUAUAUUACCUAUCGUGAUCAGCUCCCUUAGAAACAAAAUUCCAGGUGGAUAUGUCAGUAGAGUUCUACACUGAUCACUCUUAAUAGUGUUUUCACAGAAAUAUGACUUGUGUGUGUAUCGCUGUAACUGGAAAAAUGGUAGAAACUGACCUAUCACAACUUAAGAUAUUUAUUUCAUUUGAUAACAGUUUUGGGGAGCGUAGGUUUUGUCUGGGUUCAAAUCUGGCAUUCUGUGCCCAACAAGAAUGAGUUACCCCUGCAUGCAUUUGUCAGGCAGCCUGUAUUGAAUUUCAUUACUGUUCAGAGGAGAAAAAAAUGGAGCCAUGGAACCAGUAGGCCCUAUGCAUGUUUUCUGUAAGUGUCCUGUGGGUGUUCUCUGUAACCUAGAGACUGUGAAGACAGGGGCAUAUCACUUGUCUAUUGUAAUAGUAAAUAAGUUCUACAACAAAUGGCUUUCUAAAUUGUUACAUUUUUAGAAAGUGUUACUCUUUCAGACUGAAAUAUAAUGUGUUUUUUAAAUGUAAUGGUUUAUAGGUAAGUAAGCACCCCUUCAGCCAGAAAUAUGCCUGUGAUAGAGACCUAGUAAUCUCAAAAUUGUGCACUCCUGAUUUGCUGAAUUAAGCAAUAAAUGUAUUAUUUAAGGUG